AUGCUCCAGAAAGGUACAAAAAAGUGUUUUCUUCUUUAUCAAUUUUUUGAGAAUCUCGUUGAUCACGCAAAAAAGACGAAUAUCACCGUUUUCGACUUCUUCAACAAAGACGCCACUGUCUUUCAAGGACUGCGCUCCGAUUUCUGGCAAAUAACGGACAUCUUCGAAAGCAAAAGCUGGAGCAUCGAAAAUGAAGAUUUCGAGGAAGAAGGCACUCCUGAAACUCAUGUUCUUCUUUUCGAAAACAGCGAAUAUCCUGACUACACAGGAGCCUCAUCUUCCGACUUCUGGGAUCGUAGAAAACGACGAAGUGGCGAUUUUGAGGGAGAAGUUCAGCAUCGAGGAUUCGAAGAGCCUCUCUGGGUUCCUGGUUCUCAAGCGACAAUUACGUUCAUCAGCGACGAGCACAGAGAAUUCAGGGGCUUUGAAUUUGAAAUUACGGCCAAUAAAAUGAACGUUAUUCAGAAUCAAGCAGAGAAAAUCUUCUCCGCGCUGUCGGAUGAUCUCAAAUGGAAAGAUCGUUUCGUCAACCGGCUGACGAAAAUCCUCACUUUGGCCAACAGUUCUUACACAGGAGAAAAAUGCGCCGAAGAAAAUGGCUUUGAAAAUGAAAUUCCAAGCGACCUCAUUUUCGACGCGGAAGACACGUGUCCUCUAAAUGACCAGGUGAACCAAGCGCUGAAUUCAUUUGCCAAAAGUUGGGCUUGCCAAGGAAGCGGAAAAGUCUACAAGCAGAUCAUCAAUAAAGCCGCGAAAAUCAAAACAUUUUUCGACAGAAAAUUCAACUGCUAA